AUGGAGACCCGACUAGCCGAUGCCAGAAUACAAGGGGACACUUUAAAUGGCCCGUCGACUGAGCAAGGCCAUGCUGACGAGGAUCGAAGUCAUCGAGAUGAGUGGAUGUUACAGCCUCCAGGGACAUCAGGAAGGACUGCAAGAGUGGAUCCAGCCAGACUGAGGAGUCGAAAGUUUCAAAGUGGAAGAUCAGCACAAAAUUCCCAAUCAGGGGAGAUAGAUUCAUCUUGGACGGAAACGCCAGAGCAAAAAAUGAAGCGGUUACAAGAUAAAGUCAUGGGUGUUAGCACAUUUGGUGCAAACAAAGAUCAAGUAACUCGACCUGCCAGAGCAUCACAGGCUAUGCGGGACAGGAUCCAAAAGUACAAUGAUGCUAAGCGGAAAGAAAAUGUAUCACAACCUCUCGAGGAAUGUAAAAAGGGCGAUGGGGACGAUCCUAGUAGUCGCCCCUUUGAUAAGGAGAAGGAUAUGGCUAUCUCCUCUAAGAUAACCAACGCCCAGCGUCGGGAGAUGAUUAAUAAGGCCGGUGACUUUGGUUCUCGGUUCAGUAAGGGAAAUUAUUUAUAA